AUGAACAAUUCAGCUCCAUAUCAAACACUAUACACCAACACCUAUACCACACAAAAUAGUGGUGUUUUAGGCGAGACACAUGAGUUCCAAACCAACUCGACCUUGACAGUGCCAGUAACAUCACCAGCUCAGUCUGAAGGCUCGCCAACAACCCCCAAGUCAUCAGUUUCAGGAGCCUCGGCUACCUCGGUUUCUUCUAUAGAUUCAUUGGUAGCAACUCCAAAUACCAAUAUUCACACUGGUGACCAACAACAAAUGAAGCUGGCUUCAGAAUCUAUUCAUGCUGCAGCCGCCGCUGCCGCAGCAGCUGCUGCUAAUUACGAAUUAUUGCCAUCUCCACCUAUUUCUGCUCAGGAUGUGGUUGGCGACAACCAACCACCUCCAGCACUCGGUGCUCUGGACUCUAUUACCCCUCCAGGUGAAUAUGACGGAGCAACUCCUAAUAGUUUGGGUAGUUCAAAGGGAGAAUCGUCAAUGUCUCCAAAGUCACUACCUAACAACUCACCUAAUUCAAGCAUGUACGAUGCUAGCUACUCUGCCGAACCUGUGUUGAGAUGCAAAUGGCUGACUUGUCAAGAGAGUUUUCCUACUCCUGAAGACCUGUAUAACCACUUGUGUGAGGCCCAUGUAGGCAGAAGAUGUACCAACAAUCUUUCCCUCGCUUGUAGAUGGGACAGCUGCCGUGUCAUCACAGUUAAGAGAGAUCAUAUCACUUCACACAUUCGAGUGCAUGUGCCUCUUAAACCAUACAAGUGUGAAUUCUGCAAAAAGACAUUCAAGCGACCCCAGGAUCUGAAAAAGCAUGUCAAGACCCAUGCUGACGAUACUUUAGUAUCUAGAGUACCUUCACUUAAAAGAGAGUAUCUCUAUGGACAACCAGGCUCUGCUCCAGGUUCUUAUCCUUUACAACCUCAUCAACCUAUUCCUGCUUUAGUGAGUAUGAACAGUGGACCUGCUGAAUAUCCAUAUCCACCAUUGUACUCGCAACAGCCAAUGAUGUCGUCCCAAGGAUACAGUCCUGCUGUUCCACAAAUGACUCGCCAAUCGCCUCCACAACAGCACCAGCAGCAACCCAGUCGAUAUACCAGCGGAUAUGAAGAGCCUUCACCUAACAGAAAGCGUGCUUUUGAUGCCACUGCUGAUCUAUUUGACGAUAUUAAGAGAUCACGAAUUGCUCCAAUCUAUUCAAAUGAGAUGUCUAACCGACUGUCAUCAAUGGAGUCUAUUCUGACCAUCUCGCCAAAUACAUGGGGAUAUACUUACUACUCUGAUCCGGUCAGUAAGCCAGUGAGUUCGCAAACUGCCAUGCAAUCGAAUCCUGUCAGUGCUCCUGCUGCCAAUAUGAACAACUCCAGCCGAGCUCUGCCAUCGUUCCGAUCAACUCAAGAGCUACUGGAUGCCGACCAGUUCCUAUCACAACUGUCUUCAAACAUCUACAGCAACUACUCGGGCUCGUCUGUUUCUUCAGCCAGCUCUAGCGAAGACCAGUACAGCUACAACCAAAGACUGCCUUUACAGACACAACCACAACCACCACAACAACAACCACAGCAGCCAAUGGUGCAACCUCAACACCAACAACUACCAGCACAUUCGUACAAUCACCAGUCGUCGUACCCUGUUACCCACAACUAUCCACAGAAACUGGGUCCAGCACCAACGACAACAUCUUCGUCAACGAGUAUGUAUCCCGUGUUGAACUCUUCUACAGACUUCAACGCUGGAUAUCCACAAAUUGCCAGCCGGUACGAAUACGACUACUCAAAGAGACAGUCAGUUGGCGUGAGUCAGCGUGCUGCUCCACCUUCAUCCUCUACGUCUGUUGACGACCUGACAGAUUCUCUAAAGAAGGUCGAUAUCGAGGACAAGAAAUCUGACAGCGAAAGUGGCAGCGAUUCCGAGGAGCCUGACGCCAAAGAGCAGAUGACCAAACACCUCAACAUCGUUGCUGCUCUACGAAAAGUCAUUGCCGAGCUGCUCAAGGAAGAGCAAGCCAAGCACGUCGAAAAGGACGCCUCGUCGUCCGCGUCCACCCAGCUGUACCCCAGUGUUGCUGCUUACUAA